ACAAUCCCGUUCAGUUGUCAUCAGUGUUUGAUAGAGUACAGUCGUGUACGAUGGCUGCGUUGGAUCAUCUUAGUGAGAGAGAUAAGGCUGUGUUGAGGAGUAUUUUUGAUCCGACGGCGACUAUAGCUGCUGAUGUCGUUGAAGAUGUGGGGGAUCAGUUCCUUGAAGAUGAAGAAGAACCGACAACCGAAGCAUACAAGGAGUCUAUAGCUCUAUGUGCUGAAGGAGUCCGGUUAGCGGAGGCUGGUAAACUGGAGCAAGCUCUAGAGACUAUGACGAGGGGUGUGCAAGCGGCACCCGAUAGGGCAGCCGGGUACAACGACAGGGCACAGCUGUUGAGGAUGAUGAAGAAGGAUGAUGAUGCAAUGUCAGACCUCGACCGUGCUCUCGAAUUGACAGCAGGCAAGCAGUCUCGCGCACGCGCACUGGCGCUCUGUCAGCGCGGCGUGCUUCUGCGCAAGCGAGGGAACGAUGACGACGCAAGAGUUGUCUUCACUGAGGCUGCUAAAUUGGGCAGCAGCUUUGCUAAGAAACAGGUGGUAGAACUGAAUCCGUAUGCAGCUCUGUGCAACCAGAUGCUGAGUCAAGUGAUGCGAGGAGAAACAGACAUUAAGUUAUAAUUUUAAAGAUGUUUUUAUGUAUUUAGGAUAAGGACAACUUGUAAAUAAAACACAAAUAAAAUCUAAUGGAUUAGAAAUUUA